UCAGUUGUACGAAGUGGCAGAUGUCUUUCUCAAAUGUCAGUGCCGAAUGUCAUCGGAGGUCGCGACCGGAGUGUUUCCCGCUUUCGCGUGGAUCUUCAUGAUCGACGGCACCGAUCGCGAGGACGCCCACAUCUUCCGGACAUCUAACGAUUCUCCUCUCAUAAACCAUUUUCUAUGAAGCUGUCGUGAAAGGCUGCAAAAUGGCAUAUAGACAGCAACCGGUGCAGGACGAAUUGGAGCUGGAGACGAUGGCGGAGGCUGAGCUCUCGAGGCUGAAGAGACAGUACAGAAUAAUGGAGAACGAUCGGGCGGCAUGCGUGGAGGACGCGAGAUUACAGCUACGCAAUCAGCAGAAUAUGAUCAACCGUCUGGAAUAUGAGAAGGCCGAACUUCUGUUGGCGAUUAAGACCGCGAAAUCGAAAUCUUUCGCGCGUAAGGACAUGGAGAUGGACGAGAAGCUGAGAUGUCUCCUGGUGAAGCACGCCAAAUAUAUCGAUAUGAUAGAGAAUGAGAAGCAGCAGAUAACUGAGCUCGACGAGCAGAUCUGCAAGCUUUCGAAAGAAGUCGUCAGGUUGAAAACGAAAGUACGCAGUGACACGCAGCUGAGAGACCUGGCGGUACGGCACAGCAGGAUGAUAUUUAUGCUGGAGAAUCGGGUAGAAGUGGCCACAAAGAGGUUCAACCUGGUGAUAGCGGAGAACACCAAACUGCGCGCUGAGAUCGAGAACCUACUGAAAGAACGGGCGCAGUUCACGCAGAUGUGGAACAAGCUGAUCAGUCAAUUGAACACGGGCAAGCAGGUUAUCAAUGACUUGAUCGAGCAGGCGACGAUCACGUUCAAUCAGCGCGACGAAGAACUCAAUAAGAUCCAGGCGCUUCGCGAAAGAGGAAUACGAGACCUGAAGAAUCACAUGUCGGAGAUGUGCGAGCUAAAGAGGACUUUGGACAACGAGAUGAAGCUACAGGAGUUCCUCGGCGUGAAAGGACAGUACCGCGAGAUGGCCGAUCUGAACGCGAAGAAAGAAGCCGAGCGGCAGGCUAAAAGAGAGGAAAAGCAGAACAAAAUAGAGGCCUUCACACAUAUCUUACAAACGAUCAAACAAUACACAGGUGAGCAAGAAAUCGACAAGCUCACCGCGCAUUUCAUCAAGCAAGAGGAGGAGAAUUUCGCGCUCUUCAGUUACGUGAACGAACUGAACGAUGAACUGGAGAGUCUUCAGUCGAGGAUGGAGCAGCUGACGGCAGCGAUUGACGAGGCACGUGUUCAGAACGUGCAUCGCGAUCAGGAGCAGACCGAAACCUUGGAAAAGAUUACCAAACAGUUGGAAGAACAAACCGCAUUGGCGGACACUGCCGAGGAGGAUUUCGCGAAGUGCAACGACAUAAUGGAAAAACUGCUAUCCGGGAUCGAUGCCCUCUUCAAGUCGAUACGAUGCGACAAUUCGCCGAUUUUAGAGCUCCUGGGCGACAACACCCACGUGACCAUGAGCAACGUUAUGCUCUACUUGGGUAUUAUUGAAAAACAGAUCACCGAGAUGUUUCACAAAGUUUAUUGGGUGGACAAGGCCACCAAGGCACCACAUUUGCGGUUAGACGAGAACAAGAAGCCCAGACUGAAAGUACCCACUUUGAGUCGGAUCGUACCCACGCAACCCUGUGCCCUCUGCGUAGAGGAAGAGCAAAUGCAAUUCGUAUCGGAGGGCCUGGAGGCGCCGCUAACACGUGCCGAAGCCAUGCAGAAGCUGCGACAAACGCUCGAGGACGAUUACUCAGAGCUGCUUCAUAACGUAUCCGGCUGUCACUUACCGGGGGCUAGGAAAAUUAUACAAAGGCGUUAUCAAUAAAGGGCAUUAACACGACAGCGUUCCGUUUCUUAUAUUGCACACAUUCGCGACUUGACCUUCACCUAAUAUCUUAUAGGUGUUCGUAUAAAAAACUUACAAUG